AUGCCGCAGUCGCUGCCGUCGUUGAGGAGAACGCAUCCGUGGAGAACUGUUGGGACACAAUCCAGUCGAAGGCGCUGGCCUUCCUCGGUCGCGCACCCCGUCACACACAAUCUGCUCUCCGAGAAUGAACGCCUGCAAAAAACCUACAUCGACCACCCCACCGACGACGACAACAAAGCAGCAUUCUACCGUUGCCGCCGCCUUGUGCAACAGCGGCUGCGCGAGAUGCAGAACGCACGGACGGCCCGCAAGGCUAAGGAGAUCCAAGGGAACGCCGACCACAACGAAUGGAAGGACUACUUCUCCGCCAUCUGCUGUCCGCCCGCCGAAGGUAUUGCACCUCUCCUCGGCGCCGACUGAAAAACCCCGCUCAUAGAGAAGACACAAAUUCUGCAGCAAUGGGCCAAACAAUUCAGAGGCGUCCUCAAAAAUCCCUCCACCAUCUCCGACACCGCCAUCGUCCGCCCGCCCCAAUUGAAGACCAACACCAACCUCGACCUCCCACCAUCUCUCCACGAGACUAUUAGUACCGUGCAGCAGCUCUCCAGCGAGAAAGCGCCCGCAUCGGACGCUAGCUCUGCGGAGGUCUACAAGCACGAUGGUCCCGAAUUCAUGGAGCAUCCGACGGCACUGUUUCAUGAUAUGCGGCGUCAAGGAGAAGUCUCGCAGGACUUCAACGACACCACCAUCAUCCACCUAUACAAACGGAUAAAAAACCGCCAGCUCUGCGACAACUACCGAGGCAUCUGCUUGCUGAACAUUGCCGGUAAGAUAUUCGCUCAAAUUCUUCUCAACCGCCUGCACAAUCACUUGGAUCAAUGUCUUCUGGCGAAAAGUCAGGGCGGCUUUGGCCGUUAUCGUGGCACCAUGGGCAGGAUCGUCACCACCCACCAGCUGCAGCAGAGGCGUCAGGAGAUGCGGACCCAACUGCACUUUACUUUCGUGGAUCUAACGAAUGCCCUCGACAGGGUGAAUUGUGACGAAACGUGGAUAAUUAUGCGGUGA